AUGGACGUCAACCGCAUCAGCGGUUACAUCCCGGGGAAGAUCGUGUUCUUCCUCAUGCAGAUCUGCAAGGCGGGCAUGGCCGCGGGCCAGAGCCGCAAGAUCUGGCUCACGCGCCACGGGGAGAGCGAGUUCAACGUGCUGGGCAAGAUCGGCGGAGACUCCCUGCUCAGCCCCCGUGGCGCGGAGUACGCGCAGCGGCUGCCGGAGAUACUCGACUCGCGGCUGCCCCCCCGCGGCGGCGGCGGCGGCGAGGACGGGCGGGAGCUUUUGUUGUGUGUUGCGAUGUCGUCCACACGAUAG